AUGGGGCGUGGCGAGAGGCCGGCAAAGGCGAGUGAAUCCGCCGAGGUCGAAGAGAGGCUGCUGCCUCCGCCGGCCGCGGCGAGGAGCGGAGAUGCUGGCGCCGGCGGCGGGAGGAGGGGCAGGUGGGAGAAGACAUACCUGGACGUGCUGGGCGUGUGCUGCUCCGCGGAGGUCGCGCUCGUGGAGCGGCUCCUGAAGCGGAUCGACGGCGUGAGGGCGGUCAGCGUUGUCGUCCCCUCCCGCACCGUCGUCGUCGAGCACGACCCCGCCGCCGUCUCCCAGUCCCACAUCGUGAAGGUUCUCAACAAGGCGGGGCUGGAGGCCUCCGUGCGCGCGUACGGCAGCAGCAGCGGCGGCGUCGCGCGCUGGCCCAGUCCGUACGUCGUCGCCAGCGGCGCGCUCCUCCUGGCGUCCCUGCUCGCGCCGCUGCUCCCUCCGCUGCGCUGGCUCGCCCUGGCGGCGGCCUGCGCUGGCGCGCCGCCGAUGCUGCUCAGGGCGCUCGCCGCGGGGCUCGCCCUGGACAUUAACGCGCUCAUGCUCGUCGCCGUGGCCGGCGCCGCGGCGCUCGGGGACUACGCGGAGGCCGGCGCCAUCGUGUUCCUCUUCACCGCCGCGGAGUGGCUGGAGACGCUGGCGUGCACCAAGGCCAGCGCCGGGAUGUCGUCGCUCAUGAGCAUGGUCCCGCCCAGGGUCGUGCUCGCCGAGACCGGGGAGGUCGUCAGCGUGCGCGACGUCGGGGUGGGCACCGUCGUCGCGGUUAGGGCCGGGGAGGUCGUGCCCGUCGACGGCGUGGUGGUCGACGGGCAGAGCGAGGUCGACGAGAGCAGCCUCACCGGCGAGUCCUUCCCCGUGCCCAAGCUGCCGCCGUCCGAGGUCUGGGCCGGCACCAUGAACCUGGACGGUUACAUAGCCGUGAGGACAACAGCUCUGGCCGACAACUCGACAGUGGCCAGGAUGCAGAGGCUUGUGGAGGCGGCGCAGAACAGCCGGUCCAAGACGCAGCGGCUGGUCGAUUCAUGCGCAAAGUACUACACCCCAGCUGUGGUUGUUCUUGCAGCAAGCGUGGCGCUUGUCCCGCCGCUGCUGUCCCGAGCACAAGACCUGAAACGGUGGUUUCAGCUAGCCUUGGUCGUGCUGGUGAGCGCGUGCCCCUGCGCGCUGGUGCUGUCGACGCCGAUCGCCACGUUCUGCGCGCUCCUGCGGGCGGCGAGGAUGGGGGUUCUCAUCAAGGGCGGGGACGUUCUUGAAUCGCUGGGCGAGAUCAGGGUCGCGGCGUUCGACAAGACGGGGACCAUCACCAAAGGGGAGUUCAGCAUCGAUGGGUUCCAUGUGGUUGGGGACAAGGUUGAUAUGAGCCAGCUUCUUUACUGGGUGUCAAGCAUUGAGAGCAAAUCAAGCCACCCAAUGGCGACGGCACUUGUUGAGUACUCCCAGUCCAAAUCCAUCCAACCCAAGCCGGAAAACGUGACUGAAUUCCGUAUCUACCCUGGGGAGGGCAUCUCCGGAGCGAUAAAUGGAAGACAGAUCUUCAUUGGAAACAGAAGGAUCAUGGCAAGGUCCUCAUGUUACACAGGUCCGGAAAUGGACGAUCACAAAGGCGCGUCGAUCGGGUAUGUGAUCGUCAACGGCGAUCUCGUGGGGGCGUUUUCGCUCUCCGACGACUGUAGGACGGGCGCGGCAGAAGCGAUCCGGGAGCUGAGAUCAAUGGGCAUCAAGUCGGUGAUGCUCACAGGGGACAGCAGGGCGGCGGCCACGCGGGCACAGCAGCAGCUCGGAGGCGUCCUGGAGGAGCUCCACUCCGAGCUCCUCCCGGCGGACAAGGUCGGGCUGGUCGGCGACCUCAAGGUGAGGGUCGGGCCAACGCUGAUGGUCGGCGACGGCAUGAAUGACGCCCCGGCGCUGGCCAUGGCGGACGUGGGCAUCUCCAUGGGCCUCUCGGGCUCGGCGGCCGCCAUGGAGACCAGCCACGCCACGCUUAUGUCCAGCAACAUCCUCAGGGUGCCCGCGGCCGUCGCACUCGGGCGGCGCACCCGCGCCACCAUCGCCGCCAACGUGGUCGUCUCUGUGGGCGCCAAGGCCGCCGUCCUCGCGAUGGCCGUCGCGUGGCGGCCCGUGCUGUGGGCGGCCGUGCUCGCCGACGUCGGCACGUGCCUCCUCGUCGUGCUGCACAGCAUGCUGCUGCUGCGGGAGCCGGGCACGGGCAGCUGGCGGAGGAGGGGUGGGGAGCCCGAGGCGUGCCGCGCGACGGCGAGGUCGCUGGCGAUGAGGUCCCAGCUCGACGGAGCAUUGAACGGCGGCUCCGCGGCCGAGAGCGCUCAGCAGGGAUCAGGCGGUGGGAGUAAAGCAGGCUGCCGUUGCUGUCAGAAGCCAAGCGAGCCGUUUGAGCAGGAGCACUCAGCAGUGGUGAUCGACAUACCGUCUGCUGACGCUGAGCAUCCUCGGGCGACGGCGAAAGGCGACGCCACCGGAUGUUGCAGCGCCGCCCGCGAAGCUUGUGCUGCUCCCACCACGGUGACUAGCGUGGACUGCGCGCCACGAGGAUGCUGUGGCGGCAAAGGCAAAGGAGACGGCCGCGUGAGCGCAAGGACAAGCUGCUGCAGCAAUGGAGGUGGAGGAGCUGCCCGUGAUUCUCCUAAGAAGGCAGGGAAAAGAUGCAAUGCAAGGUGUUGUUCUAGUGGUAAAUGA